UUGCUUAAUGGACGUACGUUCAUCACAUUAUCUAGCUAAAUAAGGGAAGCCUAUAACUAAAAAGUAAAAGACGGUCCAAAUUUUUGAGUCAUCUAACAACACCAUGAAUGAAGAUGACACAAAUCUAGGCAUGGAUCAUAUAUCAACCGCAGUAUUAAAAGCUGCUAAUAUAAGCACAGGCAUGCUGCCCAGCCUCUCUAAGGAGGAUUUCUGUGAUCUUUCUCGGGCCAGAGCACUUCUUCAGAAGGAGAACCAUUUGGAGAUUUACUCAUGGUGAAAAUGAGAGAGCAGCAGGGGAUGACUUCCAGUAUCCAUGCAGCCGUGAACUCACUGUAAUGGCGAAGCGUCUCAUAGAGUACUACCCAAUGCUGCGGGACAGAUCUACAACCAGUGGAGCUGAGUGGGAAUCUGUGAAGAAGCAGCUUUUGAAAAGGAUUCAGAAUGUGACAACCCCCAAAAAGAAGUAGGGAGCGACUCCUUCAAGAAAGAGGCCACGAAGCCUUAGAUUUCAGAGCAGCCAGGAGAUGUCCACUGAUGAGACUGAUGAAUCCACCUCCUCAACCCUGAUCUUGGAGAGAUCCCCACAAUCUAGAUGCAGCACCCCAGAGGUUGAACAGUUGGGUGAAACUACUGAGAGCCUACAGAACCAGACCAGACAUUAUAAAACUCUACAGGAGAUGUACAAAACCAAGGCCAGACCCAACCAGAAGGAUGUUUCCCAGCUCCUGGACCUUGAAUUCCAAGCAAGACGGGCCUUCAUCGACUCUGAUGCUACUAAGGAGCAGGACAGGCCUACCAAGAUACUUCAAGCGUAUCCCUGCUUCAGAGAACUGGAUCAUGUUAUGGAUGAACUCCGGCGGAUCCUCGAUCAAGGGAACUCCCGCUUCAUACCUGAACUGAAGACCCGCUGGGGGACCUUUUACAACAAGGCACAGUUUUAUGGAGUGUUCAAAAAGGUCAUGAAGCCACCGCUGCUGGACAAAGUGAAGCACUCAAUCGCCAUGAUGAAGGAUUUACCAGAUAUGUUCCCAUCACCUGUGGCUCCACCGAAGAAGUUAGGACAUGCAAGUGAGGCUAUGCUUCACAUCCUUGAGUCUGCAGAAGAGCCCAACACCUUUCUUCAGGCGAGACCACUCUUCAGCCCUGUCGUGAAUGUCUGCGAAACCAACUGCGUACUGGCCAUUGGAACCAUGCCUGUGGUGACCUUCCCAAAAGAGGACAUCUAUGCCAGCGUGAUGUAUCUCAUGGCGUGUUAUUACGCCUUUCACCUCACAUAUCCCAAGUGCAUUGCGACACUCCUCUCUGUGCUGCAGACAGAAGUCCUCUCGGACGCAAUCCAUGACCGGGACAUGACUUCUUCAUAGAAAAAGGCUAUGGUCGAGUGGAAAAAGUUAAUUACUGACUAGGGUUGCACAAUACAAUUUUUUAAUUUCCAGUCCCGAUAACAGAACUGUGUGUAUUGGCCCAUCCGAGAACCGAUCCGAUAACCUUUAAUAAAUAGGCAGGGCGUUUGUUGUUUAUUAUAAGAAGGUUUAAAGCACUUAUGUUUGUUAUCUUCCCAUUGGUCUUACAUUUUCACCUUGACCACCAAUGGCCUUUGUUGUUGUUUUUGCAUCCUUUGUUCUGCCCGUAUCAGCCUCUGGAUAUACUGAGUCCUCAAUAAAGAA